GAGAGAGAGAGAGAGAGAGGCGAGAGAGGGAGAGGGAGAGGGAGAGGCAGUCAAUAGCAGCCUUUAAUAUUCUGUCCCUCUUUUUCCUUCUCUUUCGUCGCUCGCACGAAUUUCUCAAACGCCGGAUCUUCUUCCUCCUGAUUCUCCGACGGUCUUUAUCGUGUGUGUCGGAGUUUGUUCAGGUGCUCGAUCGUCAUUUUCUCACUAGCAGGAGAUUUGUGCACUAUGUCUAGUUCUACAAAAUCUCUUGAUCCUGCAUUCCAAGGAGCUGGUCAGAAAGUAGGGACGGAGAUAUGGCGGAUUGAGAACUUCCAGCCUGUACCUCUACCAAAAUCCGAUUAUGGCAAGUUCUACUCAGGAGAUUCAUAUAUAAUUUUGCAGACAACUUCUGGCAAAGGUGGUUAUGGAUAUGACACCCACUUUUGGAUUGGAAAAGAUUCAAGCCAAGAUGAAGCUGGAACUGCAGCAAUCAAAACAGUUGAACUUGAUGCAGUCCUUGGAGGGCGUGCUGUUCAACACAGGGAACUUCAAGGGUUCGAAUCAGACAAGUUUUUAUCAUAUUUUAAACCAUGCAUUAUUCCUCUUGAAGGAGGUUUUACCUCAGGAUUCAAAAAGCCUGAAGAACAAAAGUUUGAAACGCGACUAUAUAUUUGUAGAGGAAAACGUGUUGCCAAAAUUAAGCAGGUUCCUUUUGCUCGCUCAUCUUUGAAUCAUGAUGAUGUGUUUAUACUGGAUACUGAGAAGAAAAUAUAUCAAUUUAAUGGUGCUAAUUCCAAUGUUCAAGAAAGAGCUAAGGCCCUGGAAGUAAUUCAACAUUUGAAAGACAAGUAUCAUGACGGAACAUGUGAUGUUGCAAUUAUUGAUGAUGGAAAGCUACAAGCAGAGUCAGACUCUGGUGAAUUCUGGGUGCUCUUUGGUGGCUUUGCACCCAUUGGCAAAAAGGUUUUCACUGAAGAUGACCUUGUUCUGGAAACUGCUCCUGUGAAAAUUUAUAGUAUAACUGGUGGCCAGUUGAAGUUGGAAGAAGACAAUCCUUCUAAAGCACUUUUGGAGAACAAUAAAUGCUAUUUACUGGAUUGUGGAGCUGAAAUAUUUGUUUGGGUUGGUCGGGUAACUCAGGUUGAUGACAGAAAAGCUGCAAGUAAAGCUGCUGAGGACUUCAUCAUUGAUCAAAAUAGACCAAAGAUGACACGCAUAACUCAAGUUAUUCAAGGUUAUGAGACACAAUCAUUUAAAUCCAACUUUGAGUCAUGGCCAGUGGGUACAGGAACAGGAACUGGAACCUCUAGUGGAGAUGAGGCUAGGGGAAAAGUAGCAGCUUUGUUAAAGCAGCAGGGUGUUGAUGUGAAGGGAGCACCAAAAGGCUCACUUGUAAGUGAGGAAAUUCCCCCACUAAUUGAAGGGAAUGAAAAACUUGAGGUUUGGCUCAUCAAUGGCAACGCAAAGACCCCAAUUCCUAAGGAAGAGAUUGGUAAGUUCUACAGUGGAGAUUGUUACAUUGUGCUUUGUACUUAUCGUGCUGGUGAGAAGAAAGAAGAAUACUACUUAUGCUGCUGGAUCGGGAAAGACAGUAUUCAGGAUGAUCGUGUGAUGUCUACUCGGUUGUGUAAUACAAUUUGGAACUCUUUGAAAGGAAGACCUGUGCAGGGCUGUGUCUUUCAAGGCAAAGAGCCACCACAGUUUAUUGCACUCUUUCAGCCUAUGGUUGUCCUGAAGGGUGGAAUCAGCUCUGGAUACAAAAAGUUUCUAGCCGACAAGAACCUGAAUGAUGAAACUUAUACCUCAGAUAGCAUUGCACUAAUUCAAGUAUCUGGUACAUCAGUCCAUAACAACAAAGCAGUUCAAGUUGAUGCGGUGGCAGCAUCUUUAAGCUCCAACGAUUGUUUUCUUUUGCAAUCUGGGAGUUCUCUAUUUGCUUGGAAUGGAAACUCAAGUACUACUCAACAACAGCAAUGGGCUGCAAGAGUCGCAGAAUUUUUGAAGCCGGGUGUUGCACUGAAGCACACCAAGGAGGGAACGGAGAGCUCGGCUUUCUGGUUUGCUCUUGGUGGAAAACAAAGCUAUACUAGCAAAAAGGUCAUUCAAGAUAUUGUUAGUGAUCCUCACCUGUACACCAUCUCAUAUGUUAAAGGAAACCUUGAGUUCACUGAAGUUUUCAAUUUUUCUCAAGAUGAUUUACUGACUGAGGACAUGUUAAUACUUGACACCCAUUCUGAGGUCUUUGUUUGGGUUGGUCAGUAUGUGGAUUCCAAGGAGAAACAAAAGGCAUUUCAUAUUGGACAGAAAUAUGUUGACCUUGCAGUAUCACUAGAAGGUUUAUCCUCUGAUGUGCCGAUUUAUGUAGUCAUAGAAGGUUAUGAACCAUGUUUCUUCACGACAUACUUCUCUUGGAAUAGUGCAAAGGCAAUUGCUCAAGGAAAUUCUUUCCAGAAGAAACUUUCACUUCUUUUUGGUCCAGUGAUGCAUGCUUCAGAGUCUAACAAGCCUAAUAAUGUGAAUCAUAAUGGACCAACACAAAGAGCAUCAGCUUUAGCAGCCCUCUCCUCUGCAUUCAAUCCAUCUUCAAGCAGUUUGCUGCAGUCAAACAACAAGCCUAAUAAUGUGAAUCAUGGUGGACCCACUCAGCGAGCUACAGCUUUAGCAGCCCUCACUUCCGCAUUCAAUCCAUCUUCAAGCAGUUUGCCACAAUCAAACUACAAGGCUAAUGAUGUGAAUCACGAUGGACCCACUCAAAGAGCAUCAGCUUUAGCAGCCCUAUCCUCCGCAUUCAAUCCAACUUCAAGCACCAAAACUUUAGUUCCAAAGCCAUCAGGUCCAAGACAAGGGUCACAGCGAGCAGCUGCAGUUGCUGCACUAUCUUCCGUUUUGACUGCUGAACACAAAAGCGCUGAUUCUGAUACUUCUACUGCAAGAAUCAGCAGAAGCCCUUCUCCAGGCCCAAGAGUGGCUGUCACUGUUCCUUUGAGAACUCAAAGUGUGGACUCGGGGUUGGAAAAUCUUCUGGAGUCUUCUGCAGGAAAGGAAACCAUCGAACUAGACGGUUAUCAAUCAGAGAACAAUGUUCUUGAUACAGAGGCAACAGAAGAUUCAAAUAAAGGUGAACCAGGUGGUGAAUGUACCUAUAGUUACGAGCAGCUGAGAGCCACGUCCAGCAAUCCUGUCAGAGGAAUCGAUUAUAAACGGAGAGAGGUUUACUUAUCUGAUGCCGAGUUCCAAACCGUUUUCGGUAUGACUAAAGAAUUAUUUUAUCAACAACCUCAGUGGAAGCAGGACGUUCAGAAAAGAAAGAAGGAACUCUUCUAAGCAUUGGUCCGGAGGGCUGAAAACGAACAUUCUUCUAAGCAUGUGCACUUCAGAGUGGCAGGUUUAUCCUAUUUGCUCAGUUUCAUAUAUUGCUUAUUUGGAUUGUUUUGCCUCCUGGUCUGUCUUGCUAUUCCUCAGUGAUUAGUGCUUGAUUGCUAGGGUGAGUCUAUGCUUGGAUGGGAUCAGUGUUUGGGAAUUGGAAGUAUGUGUUUUACUACGCUUGGUCAUUACGGUAUGGUCCAUAUGUAUAUUUUUAAGGUUUUGUACAUGUGGACACAAUCUAGCUGGUUAUCGUCGUCUUGCAUCAAACUUGCAGUCCAACUCAUGCUUCUCCUGUUCCUACUUAAUCUAAUAAUGAUGUAAGUUUUGCCUCAUAA